AAUUUCCACGUGUUGUCAACACAUAUGACAUUAUUAUUAUUAUUAUUAUUGAGUUUAUUGUUGACAUCGAUAUAACAUUUUGUUGACCACUUGAGUGGACACCCGAUUGGCCGACAAUUGACAACAAAAUGAGUCAAUCACUUGAUUCGCUGUUCAACUCAUCCAAUAUAUUAAUUAAUGACAUCCAAGAAGUACUGUUUCCGCGACUCGAGUCGACGAUACAAAUCGGUGACCAAAAUAAUGCGCUAACCGUCGAGUCGGACAUCGAGUCUAAACUGAAACAAAUUGAGACCAAUUGCGACAAAAUGGAUAUCUAUGUCAAUAAAUGCGGACCCAAUGAUAGACCACAACAGAAGAUGCGUUUGGAUCAGUUGCGGUACGACUCGAGACAUUUGCUGUCUUCGUUACGCAAUCUUCAUCACCGACGUGUCCAACGGGAACGGGAAGAAAGAGAACGAGAAGAAUUGCUGACCAGACGGUUCACCACUAAUACCGAGACCAACAUUGCAAUGGAUAACUACUUUCAGGACGAAAAUAGCCGACUCAAUAGUUUCCACUCGAAUCUGGACGAUAUGAUUAGUUCGGGUUCGUCCAUAUUAUCGGGUCUUCGGGAUCAGAGAGGAGUCUUAAAGGGAGCACAGAAACGACUCAUUGAUAUCGGCAAUACAUUAGGUCUGUCCAACACUGUUAUGCGUUUGAUUGAAAAGAGAGGAAAGGGAGACAAAUACAUACUCUUUGGCGGAAUGAUUGUCUUCACAAUACUAAUGUUACUCAUCUGGAAAUACUUGACAUGAGUUUUAAGUCAAGACUUUUUAAUUAUUAUUAAAUAAAUUGUUAUAUUUUUAAUUAAACAAAUUUCAAUUUUUUAUAUACUCGUGUUGUUUCCAUUCAAUUGACAUU